CUCCAUCGCACAUUUCAGCAUACCACGCCUCGCCACUCAUGAGUGACGACCACAACUGCCUGCAGAGGGCCCACCAGCUCUCCGCCGAGGCAUCCUUCCUCGUCCGCCCGCCAGAUGCCCCAACCGAAACGCUCAACAAGGCGCUCGAGGCGUACAAGGAGGCCGCUGAGCUGUUCGAGCGCGCUGGUACGAGCGCUGACGAGGCGACUCGCCGGACACUCCGCAUGCUCACGACACAGCAUCGCAAGCUUGCGCGUGAUCUCGAGCGACGGAUCAGUAACGUAGGACGACCGUCUCCUGUUGCUUCGCCAACAAGAACCGAGUUCACCGAGAGGCGGGGGAGCACGCCGCCUGCCCCCGGUAGCUCCGGCUCGGGCUCGGCGCUCCCGCGCCGCGCGUCACUCGGCAACGCGGUCGGCGCGCAGAUCAUGGGGCGGACGUCGAGCAGCGGUAGCGGCGCAGGCUCUGGAGUCGGGCUUGCUGCUGGAAGGGGAGGCGUGCUGGGUGGCCCGAGCGCAGUUCAUGCCACUGCCGCACGGUCUGUGCCCCCCUUCAGCUUGCGGCCAGUGGGCGACACGCCACCGGUCUCACCGCCAGCGCCACAUGUGCCCGGCGUAACAGGAUACGGGAGCCUGACACUGUCGCCCCGCUCGCCGCUGUACUCGUCCAGUUCGAGCUCGGAGCCCCCAGAAGACUCGUACCUCUUCCCCGGCCAUGUGCCAGACACGGCGGACCCGUUCUCGCGCUUCUGGGGCAUGCUGGAGAACAUGCUCGAGGAGAUCAGCAUCCCGCGUGCAUUGACGACCGCACAACUGGGAGGACCAUUACCCCCUGCUCCAGUUGUCCCGGCAGCAACGACGCGCACGGAAAGGCGGGCCAAGCGCGCACCGUCGCCUAGUGAAUCGUUUUAUGUCGUCCCGAGGGGCCAAGAUAGGCCUCCACGCAAUAGCUCACCGUCUGCCAAGACCAACGAGGAAUUGAUGCUCGAAAACGAAUCCUUGCGGGCUUCAUUAGAUGCCCUGGCCAAACACGCUCACGCUCUGGAGCUGGCCAACAAAGCCGUCACCGAGCGUGCCGAAGAGCGAGACAAGGUCGUUCGGUCUGUCGUGUAUGGUGUUCGCAAGGAGGCCAAGAAGGUCAAACAUGAUCAGGAAGUCAUGAGAAGUCAGAUUCUCGCGUCAACAAGUGGGCUGCCGCCAGGGCAGGCCACGCAGGCGGUGUCUUCCGCUGCUCUCGUUACUGCGCAGCGACGUGUUGGCGAACUCGAGGCUGAACUCAAGCGCAGCGAAGCAGAGCUGAGACAGAGCAAGGACAAUGAGGAAAAACUUCGCUCUCAGCUCGACAAGUUCAAGGAAAAGUGGGACAAGCUGCGCGCUAAAAAAGAGGCCAAGGUGGCAGCUGCAAAGGGCGCGAGGGCGGGCAAAGGUCCUGACCCGGUGUAAGCAGCGGGUGACAGACUUGGAGCAUUGGGAGCUUUGGGUUUGUGGUGAGGUGUAGGAAUGUGGCGAACAGCGUGGAGGAUGGCCCACUGCGGCGAGGGCCGAGCGCACCCCAUUCAUGUGCUGGGGCACUGCUCGGCACGCUGGGUGCUGCGAGGGUUCUCACCGGGCCACUUCCUCUACCCCGGCUGUGCCACAUAGGGUUGUCGGUUGUGCAUUGGUGGCACAAAUCUCCGAUGGAGCUGAGGACCAGGCUGUAGAGAA